AUGGGAGAUCAUCGUAGGUCACAAUCAUCAAAUUUUUACGGCAUUCUCGGGAUUCAAAAAUCCGCUUCCCUUUCUGAUAUUUGUAGAGCCUACAAAUCUCUGGUCAUGAAAUGGCAUCCUGACCGAAACCCCUCCAACAAGGACGAAGCGGAAGCCAAGUUCAACUCCAUCAAUGAAGCUUAUAGGGCCCUCAGCAUCAAGAAAAGAGAAGAAGACAUGGCAUGCAACGACAAACACGAACCAAAGACGCAAAAAAAGAAGAAAUCAUUCAAUCAAGAAAAAAAUGAUGAUGAUGAUGGUGAUGACAAUGGCAAGGCCAAAAAGGAGCUCCAAAUUUCAAGCCCAACCUUACUAUCGCGCACCACAAGUCGGAUCAGUCCACUCACGAGCCCGACUUUUUCUAGCAGCUCAAGCCAGAGGAACACAACUCCACCGCCUAUGGAUUUUUACUCAAAAAUCUCAUCAGGAGGAAACACGCCGACCACCCCUAGCACGCCUAGAGAGCCUGCAACCUUAUCUAAAGUGGGAAGUCGAACGAGCACAACUCCCAUAUUUUUCUCACACUCGGUGGUAAGGAGAAAACCUCCACCAAUAGAGAAAAAAUUGCAAUGCUCGCUCGAGGAGUUGUGCCACGGGUGUGUCAAGAAGAUCAAAAUCACAAGGGAUACUAUCUCAGGCUCCGGGUUGAUUAUUAAAGAAGAAGAGAUACUAAUGAUGAAAGUUAAAGCUGGAUGGAAAAAGGGCACAAAGAUCACGUUUGAAGGCAAAGGAGAUGAAAGACCGGGUACACUCCCUGCUGAUAUAAUCUUUUGCAUUGACGAGAAAAGGCAUCCAUUGUUCAAACGGGAAGGAGACAACUUGGAGCUUGGAGUUGAAAUUCCACUUGUUCAGGCUCUCACGGGGUGCACUGUCCCCGUCCCUCUAUUAGGAGGUGGCCAAAUAAACUUAUCGAUAGAUGAAGUAAUCUAUCCUGGAUAUGAGAAAACUAUACCGGGACAAGGCAUGACAAUUUCUAAACAAGGAAAGAGGGGGGAUCUUAGGCUCAAGUUCCUGGUCGAGUUUCCGACUGUGUUGAGCGAUGAUCAGCGCUCGAAAGUAGUUAGUAUCUUAGAGGAAUGUUCUUGA